AUGCCCUUGUUCAAGUCCCAACCAACUCCCGCUGAGGAGCGCGUCGUUCCUGUUGAUAAUACCCCAACCCGAAAGCAUACCCUAUUCGGCCGUCGCCGUUCUGUCUCUCCAUCCAGAAGAACUACAACUUCUCCUACCAGACGUGAUGUCGACCAGCCAGUUGACGGCACUACCCGCCGCGGAGGCUUCUUCGGUGGCCGCCGACGCUCAGUCGAAUCAAACGAGGACCGACGCAGCAUUGGUCGCGCCAGUAGUAUGACAAGUGGUCGUACCAAUGGCAGUGUUCGCAGCGGCAAUGGAAGUGGGUUCUUUGGGAGGAACAACAUCCUCAAAGAGUCUAUCCAUAAGGACCCCAGCAUCAUUGCGGCGAAGGAAAAGGUCACAUUCGCUGAAAAGGCCGAAGUAGCAGCAGACGAAGCUCUAGUCCAAGCUCGUGCAAUGGUUCGUGAGGCAAAGGACCAUGUGCGACUGCUUGAACGAGAAGCCGCUGAAGAAGCCAAACGCGCCAAGGCUAAGCAGGCAGUCAGCAACGACAUCAGCAGGAGUGCUGGUGGCCUUGGGCGUCAUGGAAUGUAA